GACACUUGUGGUCCCCAAAAUGUUCCACCAGGAGGUGUUUGGGGGGCAGCUAAGUAAGAGGGGGCUCUCAUAGCAGAGGGAGGAGCUAUCCCACGUGGUGGGACCGAGCGACUGGGUCCUCCUUCAAAAGGAAGGGCUCUCGCUUUCCUUCAGGGUCUACAGGAAGCUGGCCGCGUCCCCUCCCCUCCCACCAUGUGGCUGGUCGUCUUCAGCGCGCUGUUUUGGUUUCCCUUACAAGAGGCCCUGAUGACUCACCACACGGGCACCGUCACUGUGGAGGAAGGCCAGCCGCUCACCCUCAAGUGCUCCACUUCUCUCCAGAAGAAUGCCUCCCUCCAGUGGCAGGCCCCCUCGGGGUUCACCAUCUUCUUCAAUGAGCAUCCUGCUUUGAAAGAUUCCAGAUACCAACUUCUUCACCACUCGGCCACACAGCUGUACAUCCGAGUGCCCCACGCCAGCCUGCAGGAUGAGGGCGUGUACACCUGCCUGUGUUACAGCCACACCGUGAGCACUCAGAGCGUGCAGGUGGUGGUGCGUGCAACUCCUUUCAAGCCAACCCUGGAAGCGUCCGUUAUCAGAAGGCCAAAUGGAGACUCCCAUCUGGUGCUCAGGUGCUCCACCAAGGGCAGCAAGCCCCCUCCGCAGAUCACCUGGCUGCUGGGGAACCACCUGGAAAUCUAUGGGGGGACCCACCAUGAAUUUGGCCCGGGCAGGAAGAAGUGUAACACCACCAGCACACUGGUAAUCCACGCCGCCGACAAAAGCUCACAGGUGAGCUGCAUUGUCCAGCACGAAGGGCUGCCGGGGAGAAAGCUGGUCACGCCCUUCCGGUUUGAAGACUUGGUUGCUGACCAAGGGACAGCAGCAGAGAACCUGCAGAGAAACCCCCUCUCCUCCCACACGUCCCAGCGCACCACGGCUGCCGAGCCCACCCAGGAAGAGGAAGAGCAACCCACUCUGGACUCCGGCUUGACCACCGAGACAGACCCUCAGCAGGCGGGGGUGAUGCGGAGAAAAAGUGGGAUUCUGCUGCUCAGCCUUGUGUCUCUCCUCAUCUUCAUCCUCUUUGUCAUCGUCCAGCUCUUCAUCAUGAAGCUGCGCAAGGCCCACGUCAUCUGGAAAAGGGAAAAUGAAAUUUCGGAACACACCCUAGAAAGUUACAGAUCAAGGUCAAAUAAUGAAGAAACAUCUUCUCAAGAGAAAAAUGACCAAACAUCCCUGUCUCGGGGCUGCCUGGGUCACCUCUUGCGUUGGUGUUCAGAAGCUAAAACAGACAGGAAGGGAACUACCCAGCCCCUGUGCCUGGAGGCAAAGCCGGCUCGGGUCCCAGUGAGCAUCGUGUAGCUGUCUGCUUGUGGAGGAACUUUGGAAUGAAUGGGACUUUACAGACCGAUCCUAGGAAAUUCCUUUCCAGUUGGACUUUCAGAAGGUGACACAGGUACUGAGGAGGUGGAGGCUGGAAGAGCCAGAUUUGAAGCUGGCCUGGGCAGAAAAGUGUGUGAGUUUCAUCACCAACCAACAAGCAAAAUGCUGGGCUGGAGAUGUGGCUCAAAUGAUCAAAUAACAGCCGUGAGUGAAGAAAGGCUCUGCCUUCUAAUCCCAGUACCAGCACCCAAAAGAAGGUGAUGCCCAGGUGUGGGUGUGGAGACAAACCAGUACACGACGGAGGGCGGAGAGGAAGGCCCUGACCCACGGCCUGGAACAGGACGGGGAUCCAGGGAGGCUCCACCAUUCCCAUCGACGACUUCUGGCCUAACGCAUGGCUUCUUCCGUUCUUCAGCAAAGGGCAGGGUGUACAUCUGAGGUUCUAGAGCCUGUCACCCUAGUUGCGCCUCAGAGUUUUGCAUGUGAGUGACAUGGAGCGUGUCUUUAUUUCCUUCCAUCAGUUUAUGUCUGUCCAGCAAGCUCGCGUUGCUUGGAUGGGAACAAACCCCUUCUCGGGUGUGCGUUUUCGUCAGCGCGAUGGCUGCGCACACGCCCACGUGCGUAUACAGUGUGUCUCAAUCACGCCUUCGCCUCAUCCCACCCCCUCCUGAAAACAAUUUCCACGGGUUUCACGGUUCUGUUUUCAUACGUGCAAAUAAAGUGUGUCACCAUA